UGACGAGCAGAUCAUAGGAGCAGAGCCGACACCCUCUUCAUCUGACAUGACUACACUGCGCAAAUGCAAACAACUGGAGCUGAAUUGGGAUCGGGGAGGAUGUUGCUAGCUAACCGACAACUGACCGAUUUUCUACAGUAGGAGCACCUGGCAACAAGAUCCCAAUGACGAGAUUAACAAAAGGGAACACGUCUGUGGGACGGUAGCUGCAUUCGGAGAAUACCAGAUGGAGGCGUGUUGAAAAUCAAAGUGGUAGACUAGACCAAUUCAAUUAUAACACACUAUGAUAGCCUUAGCCAGUAUUCUGGUGGACACGGGAUUGUAGCUACACCAAGGUAAACUAGCAAGAGGAAACCGUCCGGACAAGGAAGAACUACCAAAGAAAACUAAGGGAGCUUUUGCCAUUCAUCAAAACCUAUUUAAAACCUGUCGUUUUUGGCUGCUUAUGUGUACAUGGUUAUAGUGUCAGUUAAAUUGUUGAAUAGCUGACGUCAGAGUAUUUGAGUUAACUGCUGCUUGUUUCGCAGACAUUACAACUGAUGUUAGCUAGUCUAGCUGCCAAGCGAUCAGUUAAAGUUCGAUAUACGUUUUGCUGAACAAAGGGGUAACCAGCCUUGGAAAUCCCCUAGCUAGCCGCAGCUUGACACACGUACUGCAUUAAAACAAUUGGUAGUUUGGGAUCUGAAACGUUAGAUAACCUCACAACUGCACACAUAGCUAGUCUGCCUAGUUCUGUUUGAGUGUAUAACGUUGGAUAUUAGCUUGAUAGCUGGCUGCUUAUUCAUUGCUUGGAUAACCUCAGCGAUAGCUACCACUUUCCAAAUAUUCGUGUUGUUAUUUUAGUCAGUGUUCGCGAUAACUUUGUCUUCUGUUAGCCCAAGUGGCCCUAAGCAACUAGCUAAUGUUAGCUGAAUGUGGGCAGACUUUGUGGCUAUUUAGCUAAGUAAUGCAAAGCAUGUGGCUAACGUUAGUCGUUCACGAUAGGCUAUGGCUUCUUAGCUGCCUUAAUAACUAGUUUCAUAAGUUAAAUUACCUUACUCAACAUGCUGAAUGUCGCUUUGGUAGCUAGCUAUCACCUUACUGUCAUGUGAAGACUGCAUUUGAAGACUAAACGUGUCAACGAGUGUUUACUAACGUUACACUGAACGAUUUAAAUCCGGUAAUCGGACAUUCAAGUACGACGCAAACGUUUGCUUUGAACUAUAACUUACAAGGGAGUAAUCAAGAAGCUCGCUGUUAUGGAUAAAGAACAAGAAGAGAAUAGUGGCCACUCUGCAGAUUCGGGGAGUCUGCUGGAGAUCAAAGAAAGUCUGGCAGACGGAGAAAGCUCCCUCGGCUCUGACUCUGAAAUCAACGGCUUUACGGUCGACGAGAAGCACCCAGAUAAAUACGGAUUCAUUGGAGGUGCACAGCAGUACACGGGAGACUCGGCUGAAGACCUCCCUCCAGAGGUGCUGAGGCAGAGGGAGGGGAAAUGGCUGGACAUGCUCAGCAGCUGGGACAAGUGGAUGGCCAAGAGACACAAGAAGGUGCGGUUGCGCUGUCAGAAGGGCAUCCCGCCCGCCCUGCGAGGCCGUGCGUGGCUCUACCUGUCCGGGGGGAAGGUGAAGCGGGAACAGAACCGUGGAAAGUUUGAGGAGUUGGACAGUCAGGCAGGGGACCCCAUGUGGCUGGACGUGAUUGAGAAGGACCUGUACAGGCAGUUCCCCUUCCACGAGAUGUUUGUGGCGCGAGGAGGUCACGGGCAGAGGGACCUGUUCCGCGUGCUGAAGGCCUACACCCUGUACCGGCCAGACGAGGGCUACUGCCAGGCCCAGGCCCCCAUCGCGGCCGUGCUGCUGAUGCACAUGCCUGCGGAGGACGCCUUCUGGGGGCUCGUCCAGAUCUGUGAGAAGUACCUCCCGGGAUACUACAGUGCGGGCCUGGAGGCGAUCCAGCUGGACGGCGAGAUCCUGUUCGCCCUGCUGCGGCGCGUGUCCCCCGUGGCGCACCGCCACCUGAAGAAGCACAACAUUGACCCCAUCCUGUACAUGACGGAGUGGUUCAUGUGCGCCUUCUCCCGCACCCUGCCCUGGGCCUCGGUUCUGCGCGUCUGGGACAUGUUCUUCUGCGAUGGUGUGAAGAUCAUUUUCCGGGUGGGCCUGGUGUUGCUGAAGUGCAUGCUGGGAACUCAGGAGAAGCUAAAGGCGUGCCAGGGUCAGUAUGAGACCAUGGAGCUGCUGCGUGCCCUGGACCCCCACUAUAUGCAGGAGGGCUUCCUGGUCCGAGAGGUUCUGGAGUUGCCGGUGUCUGAGCGGGACAUCGAGAAGGAGCACCACACGCAGCUGAAACGCUGGAAGGAGAACCGCGGCGAGCUCCACUACAAAUCUCCUCCCAGAAUGCACGGCGCCAGGGCCAUCAUGACUUUGGAGCCCCCCAGCCGCCAGGACCUGAGGCAGAACCCCACCAUUAUUGUGGAGUUGCCCCCGGAGUCGGACCUGCCCGACGACUCCACCCUGAAGCCCGAGAGGGAAGAAGCCGAGACGAAGGAGGAGAAAACGAGCCUGAAGAAGGGCAAGGACGAAAAGAAAAAGGAGAGGAGCCUCAGCAAGAAGAUCAAGUCAAAGAAGGCGGCUCCACAGGACAUUCCCAACCCCUACGCCCUGCCCACUGACCACGAGCUCCUCCUCCACUACACAACCCAUCAGGGUUCCGAUGCCCCGCCCACUGACCCUGAGCCCCUCCUCAACGACACACCCCUUCAGGGUUCCGAUGCCCCGCCCACUGACCCUGUGCCCCUCCUCAACGACACACCCCUUCAGGGUUCCGAUGCCCCGCUCACUGACCCUGUGCCCCUCCUCAACGACACACCUCUUCAGGGUUCCGAUGCCCCGCCCACUGACCCUGAGCCCCUCCUCAACGACACACCCCUUCAGGGUUCCGAUGCCCCGCCCACUGACCCUGUGCCCCUCCUCAACGACACACCUCUUCAGGGUUCCGAUGCCCCGCCCACUGGCCCUGUGCCCCUCCUCAACGACACGCCCCUUGAGGGUUCCGAUGCCCCGCCCACUCACCCUGAGCUCCUCCUCAACGACACGCCCCUUCAGGGUUCCGACCAGAGCCUGAGCAGCACGGAGCAAGACACCUACCUGUAGCCGGCUCUUGCCCUCCCUCCUGUGGUGGGACUGUGACAGUGCAACUCCGAAGCUGCCAGGAGUGGGAGGAGCAAAGCCGCAAAACUGGUCUCACUGGCUCACCCGUCUCAGCAUCUCAGACAGACCUCCCUCUUCCUCUUGCUCCUCCUCUUUUGUGUACCUGCCUCCUGUCUGUCUGUCCAUCUCCCAACCCUCCUCCAUAUAUGCCAUUUCACCCUGCCCCUCCGUCUCCCAGAACAUUCCUGUUCUUUACACUUUAAUGGCCACCCACACUGUGACUCUCAGGCCAGAACUCACCUGCGAAUGGGAGAAUUCAAAUUUUGUUUGUUGUCUUAGACUUUUUUUCUUUUUUUGUGCUGGUUAAGUGGAGAUUUUCUCCUUUUUACUCUUGUUAACAUUCAUGGCUGCAACUUCACUGUCCUCACUGACUUUCUUUUUCACUGAUGAAAUGUUGUUGCCAUAAAUUAUGUGAAAUCCAAGAGGACCAAAAAUGUACCUCUGAUCUGCCAAUCUUACAUAGGUUACCGUAUAAUCAUACUUAGUCUUAGCAUGUGGACCAAUGUUUCCUCUGUUAGUUGGAUUUUAAGAGAUUGUGGUGCACAACAGGAAUGAUUAAGCAUUCUAGUCUUAGCUCUUUUGUACAGAAUGCCAGUAUUUUUUUGGUGAUUUUCAAAAUACUGUUGUAGAGAAACCACUUUAGGAAACCACCAGUAAGGUAUAAACAGCAUGGGAAAGCCAUUCCAAGUCUCUGAUUUGAGCUCAGAAUGCUUAGUGUGUCGCCAGUGUAAUUUCACAUCUCACAUAUUGAUGACACGAGGGUGGGGCUAGCACCCCACACCACAAUGUGACUAUGUAGCGAUAAUGUGCCAGGCACUUAGACUUUUUCCACUCCACAUUGUGCGCUUUAGGUCAACGUGAGGUGGAAAGUACAUUGUGGUCUUCUUUUAACAUCUUGGCUUUAAGAGCUUGCUGCUUCAGUUUCAGGAAGAGGAGGUAAACCUUUUUUUGGACGGGUGGGUUUUUAAUCUCUAAACCAAAUAUUCAGGGGUUUUUUGUGGGGGUUUAGGGGUGGGUUCUUCGUGUUCAUUAUUGUAUGGUCUCACCCACCACCCACUUACCAGGUGCAUGGCCAGUGGUUGUGCCACAAUCAUCCGUGGUGGGGUUUGUAUUUGGGGACUCAUGGGAGAUUUGCCUAACACAGCUGUAUGGAAUGUACUUUUAGCCCUCAGUUUGAGGGUGUCUGCCUGUGGCCUUCCCUGGGGCAGAGAUUCUAAGGACCACGCCUACGGAGUAUCUUAUGUGCUCGGGGUUUUAUAAAGAGCUAGGGAACAUUUACCCGUGUGGAAAAGUCAGUCAGAUCAUACAUUAAAGUGCAACUGGGAAAAAUGCACUUACGCAAGCGCAUAAAAGUGUGUGUUUGCUUGGUUUUAUUGGGCACUGGUGUCUCACCAUCAGAUUACGUUGCCUGUGUAAGCCAAGGUAGACCUGACUCAAGGGACCCAUGAACCUUUGUAAUCCUCUCUUGGAACCUUUCUUAAAUGUUUAGCUAAAAUCUCUUGCUUUUAUUGUUAUUAUUUUCAGUCCUCUCUGGUGUGCAUUUACCUUUGGAGUGAUGUUACACAGUAUGUUUUGCACAUUUGCAGGCGUACAACAAGCCAAGCCAGCAAAGGUUGAAACGAUGUUUAUGACACAUCUGGUAUCAGAAAUCUUACAUUUCGUAAGAUUUUUUCCAAUAUUGUAAAGGCAAGUUGUAUAUAACAAUUUAAAUACUUAACAUUGCUUUAUUUCAGAUAGAAAGUUGAGACUGUUACGACACUAUACAUCUAGAUUUAUAAAUAAAAGAAGCACUUUUGUACAGCUUCUUCAAGCAAAUAUUUGGGAAGAAUGUGUAUAAACUGUUUGUUGAUUUUGCUUCCCCAGGGAAAUGAUUGCUCAGAAUGAUUAUUUUAAAGCUUUGUAUUACUGAAGAUAUCGUAUGCAUGUGUAACUGAGAUGCGGUCAGACUGGAAGAGGGCUGUUGCUUUGUGGCCUGGCCGCAACCAUAGGUCAAAGGUCAGCGUAUUCACAUUGAUCACACAAGGUCUAGUCAGGAGCCAAGACAAUGAUAACUCUUAUAUGCUGUAUUCAAGAUGCAAAAAACAAGGCCAAGGUUAUGCAAGUAUAAAAACUGUAAUUUAUGUAUGUAUGUUUAGUUUAGUUUUGUUUGUUUUUUGUCAGCGCUUUUGCUGAAGGGAAUGUCACACACUCGUCAGCCCUAUUUGCCACCGAGUGUCCCAGAAUGCACUUGUUCUUCAUGUGAUUUGUUCUGUAAGUACAGAAUUACCAUAUUGGUUGCUUCCAUUUAGAGAAACGGCUGAAUAGGCUUAAAAGCUUUUUGGCUUGAUUUGAAAGGAGAUGUCAUACAGAGAUUCCAACCACAGUCAUCACAGCUAUGGCAGCCCAUUCAUAAAGGCAGAUUCUUUAGAAUUGUGUGACGUACGUAACGCAGGACUGCGUAACCGGUCUAGUAAUUCUGUGCAAGGGGAGUGAACAUUUUGCUGGGUUGUGUGUGCACUAAUCUCUCCCAAUGUUAUUAUCGCUCUGUUGAGUGAAAGCCAAACAAUCAUGCCGCUGUGAUGGACUGGUCGGAUCAGAUGGCCACUGACCUUGCUGCCCACAUGCUGCACAAAUAAGACCUGCUCAUUGUUCAUUGCUGUCCUUAAUAAACAUUUUUUUGUGCUUGUUGA